UUCAUGGGAAAUGUUAUAUGGUAAUAAUAGUUUUCAACCGUACAUCCUACUGUAUAGUUUUACUAGUUCAGCUAUUCUGGAAUAUUGGUGAAAUACGCUAUUUUCGCAGUGUAUAAAACAUACAGUAUGCUUCAAACGGUUAUUCAUAUAUGUAAAUAUGUACUGUUUUUACGACAAGACAAUGAAGCUGCUGCGGAAAAACUAAUCAAUCUUUUCUGUCACAGUAGAGAUCCUUCUCCCAUCCGCCACGUUGAUUGUGUAAGGCCCGCCCAUCUCGGGAACUCGGGUUUCAAAAUUAUUUCCCAACUUUCCAGUGGGAAACGCGACAUCAGAGGGCGUUCAUGUACAAUUUUUAAUUCCGCAACUCACAUUUCCGAUAAUUCCGAGAGCACGUGAAGAAAUCAUAAUUUACACAGUUCAUCUGACUGUGACUGAAGGGGAAGUGAAAGAAAAUGUUUAUUGUUUAUCUUCUGACAUUUUAAGCAGAUUCACCUCUUUUGCAGUUCCUUCAUGAACGAAACACAAACAUCCCCAGAUGGAGGUUUCUGUACAGGAUGCAGUUCAGUUCAUCAGAAGAGAUCAGACUCAUCUGACAUCAGUUGUGUGUCUAUGAAGAGUGACUCGUCUAUAGAUGUGCCACUCAAAUUUAGUCAUGGACAUACAAGCCCCGCUCUCAGUUCAGUUCAUCAAAAGAGAUCAGUCUCACCUGACAUCAGCUGUGUGUCUAUGAAGAGUGACGAGUCUAUAGAUGUGCCACUCAAAUUUAGUACAAGCCCUGCUUUCAGACCAUUCGUAACAGAACCCAUCUGUAGGAAGUUGGAACAUCAACCACAAGACUUUAAUGAAGAUGUGAAUGCUGGAUUCAGCCAUAAGUCUAAUCUUACUGAAGUCCUCAACAUAUUCAGAUCAAAUCUGAGGAAGAACUUUGAGUGUUUGUGUGAGGGAACAUCACAGCAGAGAAACCCAACACUGCUAAAUGAGAUCUACACAGAGCUCUACAUCACAGAGAGUGAAAGUGGAGAGAUCAGUGAUGAACAUGAGGUGAGACAGAUUGAGACACAAUCCAGGAGAGCAGCAACAGAGGACACACCAAUCAAAUGCAGUGACAUCUUUAAACCUUUACCCGCACAAUACAAACCCAUCAGACGUGUGCUGACUAAAGGAGUCGCUGGCAUUGGAAAAACUGUCUCUGUGCAGAAGUUCAUUCUGGACUGGGCUGAAGGGAAAGCGAAUCAGGACGUCCACCUCAUAUUUCCACUUCCUUUCAGAGAACUGAAUCUGAUGCAGGACAAAACACUCAGUCUUUUAGAUCUUCUUCAUCUUUUCUUCCCUGAGACAAAAGAAAUAGAAAUCUCCAGUGGUGAAUAUAAAGUGUUGUUCAUCUUUGAUGGUCUGGACGAGUGUCGACUACAUCUAAACUUCCACAACAAUCCGAGUUUGUUGGAUGUAAAUGAAUCGGCUUCGGUAGACGUGAUGCUGACAAACCUCAUGGCGGGGAAUCUGCUUCCCACUGCUAUCAUCUGGAUCAUCUCCAGACCAGCAGCAGCUGAUCUCAUCCCGUCUGAGUGUGUUGAUCGAGUCACAGAGGUACGAGGCUUCACUGACAAACAGAAGGAGGAAUACUUCAGCAAGAGAAUCAGCGAUGAGAGUCUGGCCAACAGGAUCAUAUCACACCUCAAAUCAUCCAGGAGCCUGUACAUCAUGUGUCACAUCCCAGUGUUCUGCUGGAUUUCAGCCACCGUUCUAGAGAGAAUGUUGAGUGAAGCAGAGAGUGAAGGAGAGAUACCCAAGACUCUCACUGAAAUGUACACACACUUCCUGAUCGUUCAGACACACAUCAAACAUCAGAAGGACUAUGAGAAGAAUGAUGAAGACAUGAUCUUCAAACUGGCCAAACUGGCUUUUGAGCAGCUCGUGAAAGGCAAUGUGAUCUUCUAUGAUGAAGACCUGAGAGAGUGUGGCAUUGAUGUAGCAGAAGCAUCAGUGUACUCAGGAUUGUGCACUCAGAUCUUCAGAGAGGAGUUUGGCUUGUAUCAGGGGAAAGUUUACUGCUUUGUUCAUCUGAGCAUUCAGGAACAUCUCGCAGCUCUUUAUGCUCACCUCUCGUUCACAAACAACAACAGAAAUGUGUUUAAACCCGGAUUGUUUUCUAAGAUUUUGGAUAUGAUAAAAAAUGAGAUUUUACUAUCUGAGCUGCAUCAGAGAGCUGUAGAUGAAGCUUUACAGAGCAAGAAUGGACAUCUGGACCUGUUCCUGCGUUUUCUUCUGGGUCUCUCACUAGAGUCCAACCAGACUCUCUUACGGGAUCUACUUACAAAGAUGAGAAGAUGCUCGUACAAGAAAGAGGAAACCAUUGACUACAUUAAACACAAGAUCAAGAGGAAUCUGUCUCCAGAGAAAUCCAUCAAUCUGUUUCACUGUCUAAAUGAACUGAAUGAUGAUUCACUGCUUCAGGAGAUUCAACAUUAUGUGACAUCUAGAUCGGUGGCGCAGUCCAAACUCUCCUCUUCACAGUGGUCAGCUUUGGUUUUUGUGUUGCUGAUGUCUGAGCAGCAUUUGGACGAAUUUGAUCUAAGUACAUUUGUUAGAGGACAAAAUACAGCAGAUGAGGUUCUUGUGAGACUGCAGCCUGUGAUUAAAGAAUCUAAAAAGCUUGAGUUAAGUUGGUGUUCUAUCACAGCUGAAGGUUGUGUUGCUCUGGCGUCAGCGCUGAGAUCAAACCCCUCACAUCUGACAGAUCUGAAUCUGUCUUAUAAUAAUCUGAGAGAUUCAGGAGUGAAGCUGAUGUCUACUGUACUGGAGAAUCCUCGCUGUAAACUGACGUCACUCAGAUUGUGUGGUUGUUCUAUCACAGCUGAAGGUUGUGUUGCUCUGGCUUCAGCGCUGAGAUCAAACCCCUCACACCUGACACAUCUGAAUAUGUCUGAUAAUAAUCUGAGAGAUUCAGGACUGAAGAUAAUCUCUACUCUACUGGACAAUCCUCAAUGUAAACUGGAGAAACUGAUUUCAUGUUAGCAUGGAAACAGCUGAGGGAAGAAAGCUGUUCUUGAACCUGCUAGUCCUGAUCCAGAGGCUCCUGUAACGCCUCCCAGAGGGUAGGAGGUCAAACAGUCCAUGAGCAGGGAUGGAGAAGUCUUUUAUGAUGUUGUGUGCUUUCCUGCGACAGCGUUUCCUGUAAAUAUCUUCCAUGGUUGGAAGUGCCACGCCAACGAUGCAUUGGGCAGUUUUCACCAGCCUCUGCAGUGCUUUCCAGACUGAUAAAGAGUUUCCAUACCAGAUGGUAAUACAGUUGGUCAGGAUACUCUCGAUGGCACAUCGGUAGAAGUGCACCAGAUAAAGAGUUUCCAUACCAGAUGGUAAUACAGUUGGUCAGGAUACUCUCGAUGGCACAUCGGUAGAAGUGCACCAGAAUUUCUGAAGAGAGAUGGUUCUUUUUCAGAGUCCUUAGAAGGAACAGGCGCUGAUGGGUCUUCUUGACCAGUGUGGAGCUAUUAGUUGACCAUGUAAGGUCGUUGAAGAUGUGAAUCCCUAAGAAUUUAAAGCUGGUGACACAGUCCACCACCUCUCCAUUGAUGUGGAUGGGUGCAUCACUGUUCUCCUUUCUGAUGUCUACUAUGAGUUCUUUGGGGUUUUUUAGUAUUGAGCAGCAGGUUGUUAUCAGUGCGCCAUGCAGCCCGACGGUCCACCUCCUCCCUGUAGGCUGACUCGUUGUUCUUGACGAGUCUGAUCACUGUGGUGUCAUCUGCAAACUUGACAAUGAUAUAAGAGCCAUGUACAGGAUCGCAGACGUAAGUGAAAAGGGAAAAGAAGAAAGGACUCAGCAAACAGCCCUGUGGUACACCAUUAAGAAUGAGGGAGUAAGAGCAGUGGUGGUCCAAAUGAACUGGGGUCUGUUGGUCAGAAAAUCCAAUAGCCAAUUGCAGAGUGAAAUACUAACACCUAAGUCUCUAAGUUUGGUGAUAACGUGGAUGGAAUGCCAGUGUUGAACGCUGAACUAAAAUCAAGGAACAACAUUCUGGCCUAAAAUGUUGUUAUUGUCCAAAUGAGAGAGGGCAGAGUGCAGCGCUAUGGAAAUUGCAUCUUCCGUCCACCAGUUCUCACGGUAAGCAAAUUGGUGAGGGUCCAGUGUGGAUGGGAGAUGCUCAAAGCACUCAGCGAUGAUGGAGGUAAGCGCUAUUGUGUGGUAAUCAUUAAGUCUUGUUGUGGGAGAGUUUUUUGGUAGUGGCACGAUAGAAGUAGUCUUAAAGCAGGUGGGCACCGUAGCUCAGCCUAGGAACAGGUUGAAUAAGUCUGUCAAAACCCAUGCCAGCUCACCAGCACAUGUCCUGAGGACGCGUCCAUGGAUGCUGUCUGGCCCUGCAGUUUUCCGUGCAUUAAGUGAAAGAAUGUUUCUGUGGUGAUUUUCUGCAAACUGAAAAAGGGGGUCAGAUGUCAUGAGGAGGGUUCAGUUGAGGGGGUCCGGCCUAUGAGGGGCAGCUUUCUCAGCAGUUUGUGGUAAGAGAAAUAGAGACUGAUCACCUGAAUACAGUACAGACGAUGUCCACAUUUAAAGACUUUUAAUUUCUCAUGACCUGCUGUCUUACACUUAUCAUGACUGUGAUCAUCUUCAUGUCUGAUUCAGUUCAGAGUCUGAAUCAUCAUUCAUCACAUCUGCGUGUCUGAACUGACAGACCGAAUUGUUUGGCUCUGUUCUUUACAGGUUGGAGCGUUGUUCUAUCACAGAUGGAGGUUGUGCUGCUCUGACUUCAGCUCUAAAAUCAAACCCAUCACACCUGAGAGAACUGAAUCUGUCUGAUAACUCUCCAGGAAAUUCAGGA